AUGUUGGUGAAAAGCCGAACGGCAGGGGACCACCUGGAAAACUUGGCCCUCAUGUUCGGUAUUCUAAAGGAUUAUCGAAUGAGGCUAAACCCGGCGAAGUGCGCCUUCGGUGUAUCUUCCGGUAAAUUUCUCGGGUUCAUGAUCAGUCAAAGGGGAAUCGAGGCCAAUCCCGAGAAAAUCAAAGCCAUAAUCGACAUGGAGACGCCGAAGACGCAAAAGGACAUUCAGAGCCUUACCAGACGUGUCGCUGCCCUGACACGCUUCAUCUCCAAGGCUACCGAUAAAUGCGUGCCGUUCUUCAAAGCUUUGAAAGGGGGCAAACAUCAUAUAACGUGGACUCCCGAAUGCGACCAGGCAUUUCAAAACUUGAAGAACUACAUGAGCCAGGCACCACUGUUAUCAAAUACUGCCGUACCUUUCGGUAUUGAUAAGGAAGCCGGAGAAGGCUUCUGUACCUUUCGGUAUCAAAUACUGUCGUUAGCUCGGUAUUGA